AUCAACAAAUUACACCUGCAGACAUUUGAGGGCCCUGAUCUUUCCAACCUUGAUUUCCAUUUCCUUUUAUUUUUAAACCACUUCUCUUCCUAUCGAGAAGCAAAUAAAAACAAAGGCUUUUCUUUUAUUGCUUUUAGCUGACCCUUGCUCGGAUGGGUAAGAAUCUAGAGAAACUGUUCACCGCAUUGCUGACCCAUGUUCUUAUUCCGGCGUCCUCGUUUUCUCCUCUGGCUCUGCCUCAAUGUCUUUUUCGUUGUUGAUAUUGUGCUAAACAGUGGCUGGAUCACCAAGAAAAGUCAUCAGCUGAUUCCUGUCAGUGUCAAUCUUGUUAAUCCAACUUCAUCCGCCGUCACUCAGUCACGUUUUCCAUUAGAGACGGGAAAUGAAUCGGACGUUAAAAUCCAAUUGUUGUGUUGGGUUUCAUCGACGUUCAGCUUAUCCAUCAGUCAUGCAGAAAACGUAAUCCGAGAGACGUGGGGCAAACGAUGUGAUAAACUGUUGUUUGUUUACACGAACGACACUAAUAAUGGAAAAGAAGAACGACUAAGUGAGACGGACAAUGCUGGAAUUAUCCGGAUUGUUGGAAGGACAACAUCUGAGGUGUUACAGCAUUUGUACGACCAUCAUCUCAAUGACUCGCAUUGGUUUCUCAAAGCUGACGAAAACACUUACGUAGUGGUUGAACAACUGAAAACGAUGCUGUCCGUCCAAGACACUGGAACACCUUUUUACCUGGCUGCCAACGACAAAGAACACCCAUCGAUCAUUGGAGACGUGUAUGUCUUUAACAGAGCAGCCAUCCGCCGUUUAGUGCAUCAUUUCCGCCAUCCUGACGUCCAUCAAUCUUCUGAUGAAGCAGAUUGUAAAAGGUGGGGCCAUUUUCGGAAUUCCGGCAAGAGUAGUGUCGUGUUACCAACGUCUUUCAAUCGCGAGUGUCUGCAUCGGUUGGGUAUCGUCUCAUACAACACAAGAGACGAAAGAGGUUGUGAACGGUUUCUAUCCAACCGUCUUGCUACAGAAUUAGCUAAUCAUGUUAAUUUGGUACAUUCUGGGGACCGGUGCAUUUCGAGGACGGCCGUCAUCUUCCGCGGAGUUCAAUAUAAUCAGUUCCACGUUUACGAGCACAUGCUCUAUCGGCUUAAAAUAAUUCCUGACGUUUUAAGGCAGUGACUUUUGGUCACGUCUUAAGGUAGGUGUCGUUUGGAUAAAAGUGAAAUGUCAACCGAACCCAAAUGGUCGUGUUUUAGGGAUUAAAAGUACAUCAUCCUAUAUUGAGAGUGGGAAUCAAUUGUGUGGAUAGAAAGAAAAAGGAAAAACAAAUGUUGUGUUGUUGUGGGGAUGUGUUCUUUAGUGACUGGUUGGCCAAUGAAAGGCCCGCCUCUUGUUGAGAGGCAAAUACGCGAUGCCAUUGAAAAUGGACACUCGACUGCAAGCCAUUCAAGCAGGUGAGGUGCGAGCUGGGCAACUUUUGUUAUUUUCUCCGAUAUUGUCCUCCUAAUGCGAAGAAGAAACGUGUACAGAGAGAAAAAAGUGGAAAUGAGACUGGAUUGAACUAUCGAUGGCAUUGCUUGUUACAUAAAAAUCCCUAGCCCCUCACUUUUAAUUCUUUUAUUGUUUUAAACCUGCCCCUUAAUUGCACCAGUUUUCAAGGGGGACUCGAUUACAAUGCGAUUCUCUCGCGUUCUUAUUCGCCAUGGUCGAUUAUCUCGAACUGUUCUUCCUGCCUUGAUUUUGUUCAUCCUCUACAUUCUGGCAUUCUUAACGUCGGAAUUGUUUGUUGCAAUAAUUCAACACAUUGAAGCGCCAGCACAUAAGGGCGAAUCACUGGAGCUUCUGCUUUCCGAAUAUUCUCAUUCACAACGUCAGGAGCGAUUUAAUACUGAAGAACUUCCAAUCAAGUACAACUUGAUGGAGGAAAGUUUCGGCCGGAAAUGGGCCAAGAGACCGGAAGAGGAAUACAUCUCCGCACGGGAUUGCACCGUAGAAUACGCCAACAAGAAUAAACUGCAACAAGAUCAUCCGUGCGUCAUCCGCCUCAUUCGGCGUGAUUAUCUUCGCAAACCAUCACCACAACAUGUUCCUUAUCGGCUAGAUGUGCCCGAAUCGGCCGAUCCAUCUGACGGACAAGCUCAAGCAAUCCUACGAAUUUUGCAGAAUAAAACUAACGGUUUCUUCGUUGAUUGUGGAGGAUACGAUGGAGAAUUUCUUUCAAACAGUUUAUACAUGGAGAGGUCACUAAACUGGACGGGGUUGGUGAUUGAAGCUGAUAAAUUGGCAUUUAAUCAGCUCAUAAAUCGUAAUCGCAAAGCUUACACUUCACCCGUUUGCCUCAGCACCAAGCCUUACCCUAUGGAAGUUGUCUACAAUGCUACCAUAGGCACCAUGAGCUUCAUCUCAGAGGGAAAGAAGGACGUGCAGCAUAAGAAGUCGGAUCUAACGGAUAACAGCGAUGAUAUACCUAACAAAAAAGACACGACCGACGUUUACAAAAUGCAAUGUUUCCCGCUGUAUUCCUUGCUGAUCGCCGUCGGCAGAACUCGGGUGGAUUAUUUCAGUCUGGACGUCGAAGGUGCCGAAUACAAAAUACUAAAGACCAUACCAUGGGCAAAGGUUGAUAUCAAGACAUUGACAGUGGAAUGGAAUCAUGUCCCUGAAGGUGAAGAAGGAAUAACACGUCUAAUGGAGAGCAAUAAAUUCAUCAAGUUUGGUCUCUUUUCCAUGCGGUUCUCUCGCGACGUAGUCUACGUCAAAGACUUCCUCGAUGACUUCAGAGAAUACGAGGACGAAUGAAAUUUCAAUUACUUGUGUCAACGUUAAUGUAGGGAUAACGAGAAAAGUAAAAUGGAAUACAGACGAAUCGUUACAGCGCUGAA